AAUACUCCAGUCCUGGAGGAAGACAGUGGAACCGAGCAGUUUCCAGGGAGGGGACUAGAGGCGAGCAGCAGGUCACCGACGCUGGUGGAACCCAGCGCAGAGCGUCGCCGGAAUUCGGAGCCGCGGGUUCGGCGGGGAAACUUGGGACGCGGUGGAGCUGGCGGACCUCGGUGACAGACUCGGCUGCGGUCGGGGCGGGCAAGCGCGGCACUUGAAGACUGCGGCGGCGCUCCAGGAGGUCCCCGAGGCCGUGCGCUCCGCCGAGCGCCACGCCGAGCGCCGUCUCGGGUGUUUACCGGCGUCCUAGCAACGGCUCGGGCGGCGGCCGGACCGCGGGCGGCGGGCUCCGGAGGCGCUGCAGAGUGUGAGCUCAGAUCCCAGUGUGAGCUGUUCCCAUGGGCGUGGCACUCACAAGAUCUGCACAAUGGACUGCUUCGGGUUAUGGCACUGGAACCCUGGAGAUUACCCCCCUGAACGAGGAGAUAUUGAGAGAAAUUAUUGUGUUUGUGGAGCACUUUACUCAUAAAUAUCCCCAAGAGGCGAAAUUUGUUUUUGUAGAACCACUUGAAUGGAAUACAGAUUUGAAGCCCUCAGCAUUUCAAUCAGGUUAUUUUUUCAGUGAUACAACAGUUGAGUCAGAAGAAGUGGAUAAGAAUAGACAGCCUUUGCUGUUUCUCUCUGUACCAAAAAUUAAAGUCAGGAGCUUCGGGCAACUGGCAUACCUGUUAUUCAUUGCCAAAGACACAAAGCUGAAGGAGGCACAAGCGUGUAUUGAAGGUAACAGAGACCCAGUAGUAAAAAUCUUGGGCUCCGAAUUUGGGGAAAUGAAAGAAGACUCCAUUGCCUUAAAUAUCCUUAAUAAAAUUAAAGCAGAAGAUGAUUAUGAAAAUGAGAUUAAGAUGAAGAUUGCCAUAUUGCUUAAGGAACUAGAUCUGCACCUUCUCAAUCAUACCCUAAAAUAUAUUUCACUGCAAAUAAGUCUAAAUCCAGUGACUGUUAAGAAAGAUAUAGAGCUGCUCCAACGUUUCUCAGGAAAAGGAGAAAAAACAGUCUUGGAAUUUAUUAAAUAUACCUCAGAUUAUGAAUUUUCAAAUGGAUGUCGAGCCCCCCCUUGGCGACAGAUUCAUGGGGAGAUGUGUUAUGUGCUGGUAAAACCCCACGAUGUCGAAGCUUUGUGCAUUACUUGCAGCACAGAAGGAGUGUUUUUAAAUGGUGGAAAAACAGAUGAUGAGGGGGACAUUGAUUAUGAAAGAAAAAGUGAAGUUUAUAAAGACCUUGUCACACUUUUAAAAGAAAAGUCAGCAAUAUUUUCAGAAAAUAUGUCAAAACAGGAAUUUACAUUCAAUGAAGAACAAAAAAAUCCUAUUGAGGAAAAACAGAUCAAGGAAAAAGAAGCUGUCUCUGGCAAAGUUAUCACUAGUUCAGACAGACCGAAGAAGAAUGAAAUCAGUUUUGUGAAGACUCAUAUGGCCAAGAGAUUGGAGCCAAGCUUAAAUUGGAGAACCAAAGUUGAUUUUAAAAUACAUAAAAGUUCAGCAAAAGACAGCCAAGAGGAAAAACAUGGAAAACUUGAAAAGCAAAGACCAUCUCUUUCACAUGGAAAAGUACAGCUUCAUAAGAGUGUAGAUAAGAUUGAAGAAACUAUUAGUGAGAGCUCUUCGGAAAGUGAAGAAGAUGAAGAACAACCUGAUCAUCGUCAGGAAGCAAAUGCAGAUUUGCCUUCGGAAUAUUGGCAAAUUCAGAAGCUGGUGAAAUAUUUAAAGGGAGGAAAUCAGACUGCAACAGUGAUUGCUUUGUGUUCAAUGAAGGAUUUCAAUUUAGCUCAAGAGACCUGUCAACUGGCCAUCAGAGAUGUUGGAGGCCUUGAAGUUUUAAUAAAUUUGCUUGAUACAGAUGAAGUCAAAUGUAAGAUUGGUUCAUUAAAAAUCCUGAAGGAAAUCAGUCAUAAUCCUCAAAUCAGACGUAAUAUUGUUGACCUUGGUGGCUUACCAAUUAUGGUUAGUAUACUUGAUUCUUCAUACAAGAGUCUGAAGUGUUUGGCAGCUGAGACCAUUGCAAACGUUGCCAAGUUUAAGAGAGCCCGGCGGGCUGUGAGACAGCAUGGCGGUAUCAACAAGCUGGUUGCUUUACUAGACUGUGCACAGAAUUCAACAGAACCAGCUCAAUCAAGUCUGUAUGAAACCAGAGAUGUGGAAGUGGCUCGCUGUGGGGCUUUGGCACUGUGGAGCUGCAGUAAGAGUCAUUCAAAUAAAGAAGCCAUUCGUAAAGCAGGGGGCAUCCCUUUGCUGGCUCAGUUACUGAAGACUUCUCAUGAAAAUAUGUUAAUUCCAGUAGUGGGGACACUGCAAGAAUGUGCAUCAGAGGAAAACUACCGAGCUGCAAUCAAAGCUGAAAAGAUCAUUGAAAACCUAGUGAAGAAUCUAAAUAGUGAGAAUGAGCAAUUGCAGGAGCACUGUGCCAUGGCCAUUUACCAGUGUGCUGAAGAUGAGGAAACCCGUGACCUGGUGAGGCUCCAUGGAGGACUUAAACCGCUGGCCAAUCUACUCAAUAACACUAAGAAUAAAGAAUUGUUGGCUGCUGUCACAGGGGCAAUAUGGAAAUGCUCCAUCAGCAAAGAGAAUGUGAUCAAGUUUCGGGAAUACAGAGCCAUUGAAACUUUGGUGGGACUUUUAACCGAUCAACCCGAAGAAGUACUUGUGAAUGUGGUCGGGGCCUUGGGAGAAUGCUGCCAAGAACAUGAAAACCGAGUCAUUGUCCGGAGAUGUGGUGGCAUUCAACCGCUUGUGAACCUCCUCGUUGGAAUAAACCAGGCUCUUCUUGUGAAUGUCACAAAGGCAGUUGGUGCUUGUGCGGUAGAGCCCGAGAGUAUGGUAAUAAUUGAUCGCUUAGAUGGAGUUCGUUUGUUGUGGUCCCUGCUGAAAAAUCCACACCCAGAUGUGAAGGCCAGUGCAGCAUGGGCCCUCUGUCCAUGCAUUGAAAAUGCAAAGGAUGCUGGAGAAAUGGUUCGUUCCUUUGUUGGUGGUUUGGAACUUGUUGUCAAUUUACUGAAAUCGGAUAACAAAGAAGUUUUGGCGAGCGUAUGUGCUGCUAUUACCAAUAUAGCAAAAGAUCAAGAAAACUUAGCUGUUAUUACAGAUCAUGGGGUUGUUCCUUUAUUGUCCAAGCUGGCAAAUACAAAUAAUGAUAAAUUGAGGCAUCAUCUGGCAGAGGCUGUCUCACAUUGCUGUAUGUGGGGCAGAAACAGAGUGGCCUUUGGUGAGCACAGAGCAGUGGCUCCUUUGGUGCGCUACCUGAAAUCGAAUGACACCAAUGUGCAUCGAGCAACAGCCCAAGCCUUGUAUCAGCUCUCAGAAGAUGCAGAUAACUGCAUCACCAUGCAUGAGAAUGGCGCAGUAAAGCUGCUACUGGAUAUGGUUGGGUCCCCUGAUCAGGAACUCCAGGAAGCUGCAGCAGGUUGUAUAUCCAACAUCCGCAGGUUGGCUCUUGCUACAGAAAAGGCAAGGUACUCUUGAAAUCUGCAGUGCUUCUUGCCAGGACAAGCUACCAAGUUUUAUAUAACCCAGAACAUGUCAUUCCCAUGGCCAGGAAGCCUAAAUUGGGAAACACUGAUGAGCAAAAUCUUGGAAACGGUCUAAAAGAAAACAUACAUAUUAGAAGUUCAAAUGAUACUUUUUAUCUGAAAAUUGCAUGGGUAUAUUUUUGUUCUUUUUAAUGUUUCAGGGAUAUGCCAUGUAAUAAAAUGUGAAGCCAACAAAUUUGUGAUGAUUUUCCAAGAACUUGGAAUAUGUGUAAAUAGUAUAUAUGUAAACAGUCUAUAUAUAGCGAGAGAAACACACAUACUUUUCAAUGAUGCUUUUGUUAUUUGUGGAGAUUUUAAUAAAGAAUAUGGCUUUCCCAGGGUGCAGUUUCAUAAUCGCUCAUGGGUGUCUUUAGAGUUCCCUUUCUGUUAAACCUAUCUAACAGUCCUGUCAUAAUAGCCUUGUCUGUUUGAUCACUUGCAACCCACGGGAGAGUUCUGAGGAGAUGUGCUGAUUUCACAAACGGUUAUUAAAUGGAAUUUAGAGUUAAGCAGCUGGACUUAGAGAGAUCAUCCUGAGGUCAUCCCAGAUUUCUCCUGAAUUACUAUCAAACAUCUGAGAAGAUAAUGUAUAACCGUCACCAUAUCAGAUAAUUCAAAUUACAAGAACAUAAGCAAUGAGUUCGUCUUUAUUCUUCAACUCACAGAGCAUAAACAAUUAUGUUUGAUUUCCCUCACAGGGUUUCACCAACACUUUUAUUGAAAGAAAUUAAUUUAUGCUGAUGUGAGGAUAAUAUUGUUACACAUAAAAUUGCUUUGCAUUUCUGAACUUGUUUUCAGCACACGAAGUACUUUUUAGAAAGUGGCUACAAAGGAUUAAUAGCAUUUUAUCAGGUUAAGAAACAUUAGAAUCCACUUAAAACCAUCACAUAUGUAACCUCAGUGUGCUGAAAUGUUUGGGAACUGACUGUCCUGAGCACCUAAUAGCCAGAAAAAUAGCUUUGUAUGCAUCAGGCUCGGCAAGCUGACAAUCUUAGUUAAUGCUUUAAAGAGCAGGCAAGGCAGUUUUAUAGAAAAAUAUUAGGUACUGUAUAUGCUUGUCAUAAUUUGGAGAAGAUCAUAAAAUUAAUUGAAUUCAAUGUAAAUAAUUUGUACAAAAUGAAAAGCCCGUACAGGAUGAAAAUUAUACCAGUGAUAGAUGCUCCAAUAAAAAGAUAAAGCACUUCUGAGAAUUUUAAGGCUUCAUAAAACAACCAUUCAUCUCCACUGCUUUUUAAAGGAGGUUUGGAAAGAAGAUAAUAUGAACAAGGAAAUGGUAUUAAUGCUAAGAAUAAAAUUUUAAGUAUAAAGUGAAUCUGUUAUCUUCUAACAAUAAAUAUUUCUGUUAAAUCCACCAUUUAGCUUUGUUUUACAACCUUAAAAAUUCAUCUUGAAACCAUGGAUUAUGAUAGCUACAGGAAAUGAAUUAACAUGCUAUGAUUAUAUUAUUAUUAAAGGAAGCUUCUACCAUUGACUUCAGAGUUUAAAAUACCCUUAAAUUACUGGUUCCUGAAAGUGAAAGGAAACAACAGGAAAAACACAGCAAACAAGAAAAACAACCCUGUGGACAUUGUAGGGAAGCACUGAUAUUUUUUACAGCGUGCUAGAUAGAAGAAAACUUGGGCUUUCUGUUUUCAUGGUUAGUAAAUGCAUACAAUAAAUGCCACAGUGCUAUUUUAAAAGAAACUAACCCCUUGGAAACAGAAAAUUAACAUGAUGAUUAUUUUGUCUUUCAAAGGAAGAAUUUUCAAAAAAUUCCUAAACACCCAAAAGUAGUAUCUUUAGAGUAGAUAAAUGAGAAGUUUAAUUUAAAGAUCAUCUGUGGCUUAUUUUGUGAAAUGGCAUAAUGGAAAACUCUGAUCUUACUAGAAAAUGCCAAAGCCAGUGAAAAUACCUAUGGCUUUCAGAGAAUAUAGAUAUGGACAAUCACACCAUUGUUGGGCCACUACAUGCUGUGAAAGUAUUCACUAUUUUUUUUUUUCAUUAGUUUAUGUGUGAGGGUUUUCUUUAUAUUUAUCUUAUGCUAUAUAAGGCCAAGGACCUUAAUUCUUUAUAAGUUUUCAGUGACAAGUUUCUUUCUUAUGCUUCUUUUUUCCCCUUAGGGAAAACAAUAUAUUCUCUUGGUAAUAGAUGGCUAUUUCAGUUUGAAAGGAGGAAGGAUUUUAAGGUGGAAGGAAUUUUAAAUAGAUCCUCCAAUAGAUCUCCCAAUCUCUUUAGUUGUGAGGUGUUUUUUUUUUUUUUUUUAGAAGUCCUUGCCAUGAUCUUGUGCCAUUCACAGUUAGCUGUGUGUUUGCUGCUAUCAAGAUACCUUGCACUAAAAAACAACAAACAUUUGUUUGUUUCUAAAACUUUUUCUAGCUUUUUAAAGUGAAUGGAAAGUUAGUUUUGUUAAGGCUUGGCAUUGUGGAUCCUGUUGUUUUGAACUUUGAUUUUACAUCUCUAGGGCCUUCACAUGAAACCGAUUCAAUGUGAUUCAGAAUAUUUGGAAAAUUGAUUUCCAUGUAGGAACCUGAGAAGCUCAGUUGUUGAUACACAGACAACCAAGAGUGGUGACUAAAUCCUUUCACUUUCCUAUACGUAAUGGGAUUAGGUUUACAAGGUAAAACUUCCCAGUGCAAUUAAUUUAAGAUGUUUGAUUUCAUUUCAUGAAGAUUUGGGAAUGGAAUGGACUAUGUCCAUUCCUGUGAUUCAGUGUAAACAUUAAUAAAACCCACUUAUUUAAAAGUCUUACUACUUUAAAUGCAUUAAAUGCCCAAAUAACCAAUGGUCCACAUGUACUUACAUGUAAAAUGUGAAAAUCUCCCCCUAAAUGAGAAUGGAACAGAAAGAGAACCAAAUUUCAUAUGAUACUACUCUAUGCAGGCACAGUGUUAGGUACUUUUUGAUCUUACUUUAAAAUGCAGGAGAAUGAUGAAAUAGAUACCUUCAUAUCUUACUAGACUAAAAUCUGCAAGGACAAUUUGGUAGUGCAUACGAAAAGUUUUAUAACUGUAUGCUUUUGGGAUUAUGUCCAGAAAGUUAUCUGUGAUGGAGUUCCCUACUUCCCUGGUGGUCUUCAAUGUCCCCUAAAGGCCCCAUGUGUUAGAAGUGUGGUCCCCAGCUUGGCAUUAUUAGGAAGGGGUGGAAACUUUAAGUGUGGGGGCAGGAAGUCAAGAAUGAUCUUUGGGUCACGAGGAGUGUGUCCUCAAGGGGGUUUAUGAGACUGUGAUCUUUUCCUUCUCUUUCACUUCCUGACCAUGAGGUGAGUAUUUUGUUUUGCCAGGUGGCCUGCCAUGAGGUACUGCCUUGCCACAGGUCCAAAGCAAUGGGACCAAUUGAUUAUGCAUUGAAAAUUUCAAAACUUUGAGCCAAAGUAAAUCUUUUAGCCAGUCCCCCAAAAUCAAAGGCUGAAUGUUCUCUGAUAUGUUGAUGCUAACACACAAUAAGGUAGGGGGAGGGAAGAGUAGAAAUUCAUUAAAUUAGACAAAGGAGAAGGAAGGGGAUGGAAAUAGGAAAGACAAUAGAAUGAAUCUGACAUAACUUUCCUAUGCUCAUGUAUGAAUACACCACCAGUAUAACUCCACAUCAUGUUCAACCACAAGAAUGGGAUCCUAAUUACGAUUUUUAUACUCCAUGUGUGUAUAAUAUGUCAAAAUAUACUGUACUGUCAUGUAUAUCUAAAAAGAACAAAGAAAAACUAAGAAAAAAACUUUUAUUUUGUAGUUUUAUUAUCUCAGUUACUUUUUAGAGUAAUAAAGGCUGACACAUGCAUAUAAUUUUUGUAACAGUAGGAAUGAUAGGAAAAUUUAGGUUAAUUUAAUUAUGGUUCAACCAUGUAAUCAAAACAUGUUGUGGAAUAAGAGUUAAUGGCAGAGAGCAUUUCAGAAUAUAUUAUUAAACUACAAAACAAGUUCCAAAUCAGUCUAUGUAAUGUGAGUGCAUUUUUAAAAUACAUGUAUUUAGCAAGGUAGUCGCAAUGAGAGAGAUGACGUUUUUGAUGAUAUUUUCUAAUCUAGUGAUAGGAAUUAUUUUUAAAAAAUAAAAACAAAACACUCCCAAUUAAUUUUUAUAUUUUUGCCAUUUAGAAACAUCUAAGACAGACAUUCUUCCUAACACUAGCUUUAAAAGAGAGAGAGUCAGUUUACAAACAGGCUGUACAACACAUACAUGAAAUAAAUGAGAUUUUUAAAAUAUGAGAAAAGUAACUUCAACAUCUAAAUACCAUAAGGAUGUUAUUAAUCUAUAAUAUAUGCAUUUGAAAUAGUUUUAAAUUACAACUAAUGGUAUAGUAUAAAUUACAAAUAAUGAUAUUGUAUUAUUGAGACAUCCCUAAGUGGAGCUUGUAUAAAUUCUGACCAUUUCCUUAUUUGUCUUUUGUCAGUUAAGCAGCUUAAUUCUACUCUAAAAGCAUAGAAAUCACAUGAAUGAAAUAACUCAAAGGAUCAUUGAUAGACUGCUUCAUAGAAUAGUGUUGUUUUGAGAAGAAUAGUUCAUACCCCUUAAUUAUUUACUCCAUUGUGUAUUACUAAGGCUCUUUAUAUAUUUUUCCCUAGUAAAUCUACUAGAAGUACUCUCAACCUGAAGUAAAUUUAAUAGAAUCUCACAGACCUUAGUAAUCCUUUAAAACGUCAUGUUUUUCUCCUCUGUGCUAUUUUUUAUGCUUGAGUUGUUACAUUAAUUUCAUUUCAUUCCAAUAUUUGUUUUCUCCAUUCUAAUCUCUGUGUCUCCAGUUUAUACUCCUGUUUUCUCUGACAAAUGGUUAUUACAUUUUCUGGCUCUUAAACUAUUUUAUGCUUCAAUUUCUGUAAAUGCAAGAUGUAAAGUUGAUAUUUCAAUAUGUUUCUGAUGUGCAAUUGUCACGGCUGACUGGAAAUCAUGUAACAGAUGGGAUCCUUAUUCUCCCAAUCCAUUAUUUUUAAAUUUUCAAGUAAAAGUGAAUUAUUCUUUA